AUGUUUAAAAUUCCAAGCUUGAAAAAGGCUUCUUCAAAGAGAAGAAUCUGUGAAGAUUUACCACCAUUCGAUUUUGGGAGUUUAGAGGCCAAGGAGCAGAUUGGCUAUGGCUCGUACGGUGUUGUGUAUAAAGCAUUACAUCAAAAAGAGUUAGUUGUGGCCAAAAAACUGAUAGGCGAAUCAGCUGAGGAGGAAAGUUGUUUUAUCAAGGAGGCACGGCUAAUGUAUUCACUCAAGCAUGAAAACAUUGUCGGGUUUAAAAGCUUUUCAUCUUCUCCAUGCGCAAUAUUAAUGGAAUACUUAUGCUUUGAUUUCUCACUUUUUGAGAUUUCGAAACAACUAAGCAAUUUAGUGGAAUUCCUUAACUACAUCGAUAAAAUAGACGCUUUUACAUAUUUUGAAAAUGACCUAAUUCUAAAGAUGGGCUACCAGAUUUCCAAAGGACUGGAGUAUCUACAUUCGAAGGGAGUCGCACAUCGCGAUCUGAAAGCUAAAAAUAUUUUGGUCAGUAACCAACAUUACUGCAAUUUAGCAGACGAACAGCUUCGAUUUAAAGUGUUUUCGGAAAGACCUGUUAUUUGCAAACUGGCAGAUUUCGGAGAAAGUAGGUCUCAUCUGAUUCAAACAGCAGCUGUACUUCACUCGAAAACCAAGAAUAUUGACAGGUACGCUUUUUCUGAACUAUCUGUAGCUAAGGGACGGACCAUUAGAAAAGUGAUGGGGGGGGGGGUAAAUUUUUUUUGUUUGCAUUUUUUUCCAGGUUGUCAGCUGUGUAUGCAUGUUUUUUUUAAACAUGUCUUCUCGCAUGCAAUUUUUUUUCCAAUACAACUAUACAAAUGUUAACGAAACUGUUCUCUUGACAAAAAAAUAUCCCUUUAAUACACACUGCAAAAUUAUAUCUUUAAGCACCAUAUAUGGACAAGUUUUCUAGGGGUCCAGAGCAUGCUCACCCGGAAAAUUUUUUAAUCUAAAUUCUCUGAAAUACCAUUUCCCGGACUUUGGGGAGAGAUUUUACAGAAUUCUGAUGGUCAGAAAACGCCAUUGUAACAUAUCAGAGGCCCUUGGCCAAUGUUUUUGCUCUAUAGCCUGAGCCUGGGGCCCCCCAUUUGCGGGCCCAUUGGGGUUGGUGGCCCCCGGAUUCUCCCAGUCCGAGCCCAUAGUAGUUACGCCACUGAGGACAGUGGCAGUGUGAAUGAGAAUUAAUUAUUAAAUACAAUAGAAAAUAUUUUGAUAGUAUAUAAUAAAACUACAUAAGAGUUACUGUUAAUAUUGAAAGAAAUUGCAUAUUAAUAUAUUAUAUAUUUUGAUAUAUUUAUAUUCUGAAAUAUUCCAAAGAUUUAGUUCAAUUUUGUCUGAUGUACAUUUAAAAUUAAAGUUCUAUUGUUGUUCUGUUUGUAUUUGUUUUUUUAAACAAGUCUGUUUGCAUGUAUUUUUUUUCAAACCUUUUUUGUUUGCAUGGAUUUUUUUUCUGUUUUUUCCCCACCCUCCCCAUCACUUUUCUAAUGGUCUGUCCCUAAGUAUUUUGUUGUGAAUAUAAAUGUGACAAAUUUUAAUACACGGCACGGCUGUUAUUUCGAAAGUCAUUUUGUUGUUUUACGCAUCACAUUGGCAAUUUAUCCGUGUAAUAAAAUUUUUCAGUGGCAAUUUUUCCGUGUUUAAAAUCAGUUCUCACUGUUUUGUUUAGUAUUUUUCAUUUAGAAAACUAUAGAUAAUAUUUAUUCCCUGUACUUGCACUAAUAUUUAACAAUAGUAUAGUCGCUGAUUACAAGCUCAUGUUCAAGGUGUCACAUAUUUAAGUUCAUAUUUACUCACUAUGCUGCGAACCGGCGAGGUGAAUAUUAUAGAGUUAUUAACCGAGUGCGAGGUCUGUACGGGAAAAUAUUGCCUUACGUUUUUUUGCAAUGCUUUCCCGUACAGACCGAGCAAACGAGGUAAUAAGGGAUUUAUUAUAUGGCUUUGUUGGAUCGCAAUUUGUUCUGACUUUGUAGAAAAAAACAGAAAACAUUUUCGCUGCUGAAUCUUUCAGCCGGACAAUACUGGCAGUGCGCUUGCUGAUAACAAAACAGUAAAAAUUAUUCAAAGAAAAAAAUGUAAUCUUCAAAAAUAUAAUGUAUCAACUUUUUCUUGAGAAACAACAAACGUUCCAUGCAAAAUAAAGCCAAAAACAAUGUUUGCAACAUUUUCCGAACAGUUGUUUUGAAACGUGGUUUAGGUACGUGGAAAACGCGGAUUGCGGAUAACAAAUUGCGGAUUGCGGAAAAUAAAUUGCGGAUACUAAAUUGCGGAUAACAAAUUGCAGAUAACAGUUAUUAGAAUUUUCAAAUGAUUUAUAUUAGGAGAACAUCGUUGUAAUCAUUAUUUUUUCGCACAUAAUCAACUGCAAUCAUAUAUUAAUAUUGAAUAAUAUUAAUAAAUACAGUUUAUAAAAGGAAAACUUGUCUUGACACGGGUGUUUGUUAGGUCUUUAAGGGUAUAACUUUAAAGAGUAACUGCGCUACCAAAUUUUUGUUUCCGCUCUCUCUCUCUCAAAACAACCCUGUAUAUAAAGGUUAAAAUUUAAUAGAUAAAAUUAAAUAGAUAAAAUACUAAAAGUAUAUGAAUCAUUGAUUAUUAUUAAUUAUUUUUAGAGACGCACAAAUAUCUUACAGAAGCCAAGUUUGUAAUAACCCAUCGUUAUCCGCUGCUGAAAUCACUCCUUCAAAAAGUUUACGUUCCAAGUCACUAAAUUCCUCCACGCAGUAAGCAAACAACAUUACAAUACUUGUUUUCCAAAAAAUCUAAUGUUUUUGCAAGAAGGAUGAUAGAAAUUUUAAUUAAGAUGUUACCUUAGCGUGAAGUGCAAAAAAAAUAAACAAAAAUGCCGCAUGGUAUGUCAAAGAAAUGUUUUGUUAUAUAUAGAAUCGAACCUUUUAAAGAUAAGCAAAAGCAAGUUGCAGUUAUUGAUCUGACAGGUGAAUUAAAUCAGGGCAGAGAAAAAAGGUAAAUGUAGUUUGAUAUAUAAUAUUUGUUUCCGUUUUAAAUCUCUCUCUCUCUCUCUCUUCAUAACAUAAGUUAUUCUUCUAUUUUUUGUUCUGAACUCAGUUCCUCACACUUAAUCUGUUAUUUAGAGAGAAGGAACAAACUGUUGAUGUCGAAUUGAUGAUGAACGAAGCGAACGAACAGGAAAGGUGGUUAUUAAGUAAACUCCUGCAUUAGGUUAUAAUUGUAUCAAGGUUAUCAUCGGAAUACAAUGUUAAAAACUUAGGAAUAAUCAUUUAUUAUUUAUUUUAGAUAUGCACAAAUGUCUUGCAGAAGCGAACCUUGUAAUAGCACGCUGUUAUCCGCUGCUGAAAUCACUCCUUCCAAAAGUUUACGUUCCAAGUCACUGAAUUCAUCCACGCAGUAAGCAAAUAACAUUAUAUUAUUUGUUUUUCAAAAAAUCUAAUGUUCUGACAAGACGGACAAAAUUUAAAUUAAGAUGUUACCUCAUGAAUAUCAAUCCAAACUCGUUUCAAUAAUUAAAUCUUUUGGAUAAGGGGUCGUUUUUUGAUGAGCCAUAACUAUUGUUGUAAGUCUCCAUGUAUUUGGUUACUCAAACCAGGUUUGGUCGUCUUUCCGUACCUGUGCGAUGAGAUUUCUAGGAAACAACUUGCACGUUUAGGCCUCUUAUUGCUAUCCUACUGGCAUGAGUAUCUGGAUCUAGUAUUCUUUUUUAAAGCGGUGAAUGGCUUGGUCGACGCGUCCCGGGACCUCCUGCCCGGACGUAUAUCUAAAAGUAGAUCUACAAGAUCCUCCAGGAGCAACCAAAAAUUUCCUUACGCCAGCCAAAUGCAAAACCUCUACCUGCCAACACUCCUUUUUAUUCGUAUAACUAGAACCUGGAACUCAUUCCUAACUAUACUGAGAUCUCCUAAAAUUGUAGUGUAGGCAAUUCAGAUCUGAUUUACAAAACUACUAUCUGUCAGCCCUGAGGCUGAGAGAAUGCUUCAACGAAGAAGAUCUAAGGACAUGGAAAACUAUUUGAUUAAAGUAUAACAGUUAGUAGUUGUUAAUUACGUUCUAAACAAACUCGUAUUUCUUUAUUUCUAGAAAAAAGCGGCCACGAUCUAUCGAUUCUGAUUCCGAUGAUCCCGAUGAUGGCUCUGAUGGCCGAGGCAUUGAACAGGAAGAAGAAGUAUCGUACUAUGACGGUGACCUUCUGAUGCCCAUAUUUUCGUCAAAACGUGACGUGCUGUCCCCAAUUGACACUAUUCGCGUGCUCACAAGCGUUGGGAACACUGUGAGUUCCUCUCGUGUCUGCCAACGUCAGCCAAUAGGAAUCAGUCGUCACUCUACGUUUAUAAUGGAUUUGCAUUCUCUGAAAUCAGUCAAUGAUAUCAGAUGUGAUGAUAUCGGUAGCUGGCUAAAUAACAGUUGCAAUAAAUACAAAUUCGUUCAAGUUGAUGGAGAAUGUAAACUUGUGGAUAAAAAAAACCAAACCAAUACGACACAAACAAAGUUAGUACACUGA